GCAGAUUAUGAAAAUCGUCAAGGUUAACUCUUAUUACAUGUGUUAUUGUUUUUGCAUAUGCAAAAAUGUCUUGUAUGGAUCGUCUGUCACAGAUCGCCUCUUUGGCAAAAAGCAAGAAAGUUACCGAUUACAAGAAAGCAAUUAAACAAUUAUUAGAAUUCUGGGAUGACAAUUCGGACAUUACUCUACAGCCAAUAACAGAAUAUUCUAGAGAUCCCACGCCAAAUGAGAGAUAUGAUUUUUACUCCUGGAAUGAUAUAUUUAUCAUUGUACACGAACUAUUCAUAAAUGAAAUUGACAGAAUCAGUAAACUUAGUGGUAAUGCUGGAAAGUUAGAUAAAGAAAGAGUGACAACACUUGUAUUCAGAACAUCAGAAAAAGCAAAUUAUUAUUUAAAACCAAAAGAUGUUGUUAACUCAACUUUACAGUUAUUGAGAUAUGGAAGUCUUCAUAUUUUCUCUGAGUAUUAUGAAAUAUACUUACAUAUUUUAAGAAAAUAUGUGCUUCAAGAAAGAUCGCAGCGUAUACUACUUGCUUCUAAACAUUGGCAAGAAUUGUUAAAUAUGUGUGUUUCUAUUUUACAAAAAAUUAUUCCAAAUGUUGAUUAUGCUAAAUUAUUAGAAACUAUAGAGCUUAUUGUUAAAUAUGGUUGUGAUUUAUCAACAUUAUUAUUUGAAACAAGGAAUCUCUUACCUGUCAUUGCCAAUAUUCUGGAAAACUAUGAAGCCUAUAAAAUAAAGUCAGCUGAUAUUCUAUUCAAAUUGACAUUCACUGUGUGCCAACAAAUUGCCACGGAUAGUAGGCUCACACUUUGUAAAUUUUCAGAAUCCAUACCAUUGUCCAUGAUUGAUAUCAAGGGACCUGAAGAAAAGUAUCAACUGUAUCUUCUUUUUGUUCAAGUUCAUCAUCCAAAAGGUGCUAUUCUAGAAAAAGAUGGUAGUUAUGCUUAUGAUAAUGAGAAGUGGAAAGCUAUUCUUAAUUUACUUUAUAAAAUGAUCCUUAAUGAUCUCAGAUCUGUACUAUUAUCUGAGAAUUUCACUUCACUGGCUUGUGAAGUUUUUAGACAAAAGCUACUCACAAACUUGCCAUGCUUCUCUCAUACCAACACUUUCCAUGAUAGCAUUUACAUACAACCAAGAAAAAAACGACGUAUUUCGGAUGAUCAGGAUAAAAUGAUAGAUCUUAUCAAUGACCGAGAUCCCAAAAAAGCCUGGCCUAUGAUUCAAAUAACUGCUGCUUUGUACAAAAAGUAUCCCGAUUGUUUAAAGUUUGAAGAAUUUGUUGAGUUUUUGGAAACUAUAAUUAAGUUAAUGAAGGAAGCUUGCAAAACCUUUGCUAUUAUGGAAAACCUGUGUGAACUUGCCACAGUUUUUGUCCAAAAUGAAAAUACUUAUAACAAUAAGGACAGUUUACAAAUUUAUUGGGAUAAAAUUUGGGAUGCUGCUUUGAGGUAUAUAAGUAUGACACAUGAAGAUGUGAUACAAAAAGGUUGCUUAUUGGUGCAAAAUCUUAUUUCUCAUAAGAAAAUAUCUAAUCCAAAUGCACUUUUAAAAUUGUACUUGACAAAAUCUAUUCAGUGGUCAAGUUUAAGUAUCCAAACUUUGAAAAUUUUAUGUGAAAACAUCGUUUUGCCAAACGAAAUUAAAGACUGUGAUAUGAAUUCUACAUUACUAACAAACAAUUCCUUAAAAUUGCAAUUGAUGCAAUGGGUUUUAAACACACCAACAAGGAGAUUAACAGAUCCAUUGUCGAUUGAAGAAUUUAGUAAAACACUGAUUGGCUUGACUCUCAAAUCUUGGUACAAAGCUCAUGAUUACGUUAUUCAAGAUCACUGUAAAAAGUAUUAUAUGGAUCUAGAUCAUAACUUAUACGACGAUCAAAAAACGAUAACUAUAAAUGAUAUUGAACGAUGCUACCUAUCAGUGAAUUUCAAAACUAAUUUAGUAGUUAAUAAUGAUAGUAAUAAAGACACACCAUUGUUAAAUGAAAAUAAUUUGGAUAAUCCAUACGUCGUCGAAGAUUUGGAUUUUCUCAUUCAUAAUUUAAUGCAGAUGGUGCAGGCAGAAGAUUCUGACAAAGAAUUAAGUUCAUUUAUUACAAAAACAUCAAUUAUUGCUAACGUCAUUUCAAAUUUGCAAUCAAUGAACAUGAUUCAAUGCAGCUUUGAUGAAUUUUGCCUCGUAAAUGAACUUAAAACUUGUUUAUCAAAAAUUUUCGACCAAAUCAUAAAUAUAAAUUGGUCAAAAAACAUAAGAAUCACAUUAGAAAUUACUAAAGCUUUAAUUUCACUAUAUCAAACGAAAUAUGAUGUGAAAGUCAAAGAUAUAAUUUUGAUAUCAACGCAAUUUCAAAAUUUAAAAAAGAUUUACGAUAUCUCGAAAAUUGAAAUUGACGAAUUCGAGCCGGACACAAAAUCAUCGUUAUGCAUAAUAAAUUCAAUCACUGUUCUGGCACUGUAUAGCUGUUUAGACGCUGAUGGCGAAAUAUCUGAGUUGCAAAUGAAGAUCGCCAGCACCCUUCUAAAACUGAAAAAAUAUAGUUUAUCGAUAAAAGUUGAUGUGAUAUGCGUUGUUACAAUGCUAGAAAUAUAUUCCAAUAUUCCAAAUUCUGUAGUAACGGAAGAAUUUGGAGAAUUACUGAUGAGCUUUGUAAUGGACGUCUUUCAGUCCUGGCAUAAGGAUGAUAAGGUGAACCGUUGCCUUUUGUACUUUGUUCCAAACAUUUUGAAAAAACUUGUGUAUAUAGAUGAAAAUAAUGUACAUAUCCAUAACGUUUUAACUAUCUGCAAGCUUUACCAAGAAAAAUUUACCAAGGGUGUAUAUGGUCAAAUGACACAUUUAUCUUUGGUUCAGUGCCUUAAUAAUAUUAUAAAACAUACUGUAUUUCAUAAUACGGGUAUUGAAGUUUUGACCUACGAUGUAUUCACAAAUUUUGUUAACAGCUGCAACUACUUAGUACGUUUAGAGUGUUUGAACGUCAUCGAUUCCAUAUUUUCAAACACAAACUUAAGUAAUACUUGGAAAAGCGAAUUUUUCGAAAAGUUGAACAAAACAGUCUACGAUUUAUUUCUCAUACAACGGCAGCUGAGCGAAGACGAAAUUCAAGAAGAGCGCUUAUUACGUAGCACCAGUGCAAUGCAAGUCUUAGCCACUGUAAUCUGCAGUAAGAGUACUUUUCAGGGCCCCGCAUUAUUUAAGCUUGCUCGAAUUAUCGUUGACAAAGAUAUUGAGCCGAGCAUCGUCAAGAAAACUCUGCAAAUAAUCAACGAAUCCAACCCGUCCACAAAAUGCAUUGUUGAGGAAAAUCUCAACUAUAUUCUAACAGCUUGGUGUCGCGUCGCAAGUUUUGGCAAAUUUCCCCAUGGACUUUUGAAUUGUUCGACUGAGGCGGACUUUUACGAUCGUUACGCCCGCGCGAUCUUUCCAGUGCUGCUUCGAGAGGGUAAAAUGCAGGAAGCCAAAAGUUUCUGCGAAGAACUCGGGGUCACGUUUCAGCAGAUUUUUAAGACUUGCAGCGCAAACAUUUUGCCGUGGGCUUUGUCUGAUGAAGCAGCGAAGACGCUCGAGCAAAUGCAAAAUAAUCAAGGAAAUUUCGAAGGGAUUGGCAAGCUUGGUUCGAUUAUCAAGGAAAAUCUACAACAUAUUAUAGUACAAUUAGUCCAACGAUUGCACGAUCUCCGUCAUUUUUACAAAGUUUUUGAUGCAACCAUCGAUCUUCCGGAAUCCGAUCCUCCACACUUCAAAGCAGAGGUGAUUGACGCUUGUUUCGAUCGUCUCAUACGAAUAAUCAACAGCGAUCCUCGGCAAUCUGUGUUUGCCUGCAUUAUAUUGCGCAAACCCAGCAUCUUCCAGAAGAUUUUGCUGCAACUGACACGCAAUGUUUAUACCAGCAAGAUAAGCCAAUAUAAGGCCAAGGCUUUUCAUCAGUACAUCUACUUUUGUUCUAAGAUAGCCGUUGAGCUGAAUGAAAGCUAUUGCGAUGCUGUGGCUACAUACUUUGUUCGUGACAUAGGAUGCACUUUGCUCAAUCUGACAAAGGAAAAAGACAGUUUUAUUACAAAACUUGCAUGCAAGUACAUGCACAAGUUUUUCAAGGGUAUAUUGCCAAGAAGAGGUGCACAAGUGAGCAACAUAUUAAGUCUGUGCGUUAAGACUCUCAUUCCGAUGAUUCAAGACGCAAAAGAGACCUCGCCAUUAGCCAAAGAUAUACUCGUGCUAUUGUUGAAAGAACGGAGAGCAUGCCUUGCUGAGGCGAUUGAACGCUUGGGUACCCUACCCAGUUUCCUUAGAUCAUCAGAGGAUGAUGAUAACCCAGAAUCUCAGGUCUUGCGGGAAAAUCUGAAGCACUUUUUGAGCGCAAGCGAGAACAAAAGCUGCAGCGUUGACGACCUAAUUGCGCUGAAGCGGCAAUUGAGCUCGAAAAGAGAGGAGCUGGAGGAGCUCUACUCAGAGCUGGAGACUUGCCAGGGUUUCGCGGAGCAUUGCGCUAGGAGCGCCCUGCACCGGCUGGUCUACCAACUGAUUCGUCUGACAGAGUCCCCGGAUACGCGGAUCAGUCUUGAAGCGGCCAAGUGUCUCGGGCUUCUUGGUCCAGCUGAUCUAUGCACCAUGAUCUUACACCCGCAGAAGACGCAGCAACGCGAGCUUAUCGACAAAGCCGACAUGCUUACGCACAAAGUUUGCUGGAUGCUCUCCGAGUUCGUUCUCAGCGACGACAUUGAGCUGCGCUCCGUUAGCAGUGAGGUGUUUUAUGUCAUCCUGGACUCGACUUGGGGCGCAAGAGUUGGAAUCGAUGAGUGCGCUGAUUCCGUCGAAAAUGUUGCAUUUCUCAGAGAGUUCUUGAAGCCCUUCAGGAGCUCGCAGAAAGGACACGAUGCUAACAAAAUAAUAAAACCACAAAUUGACGCUGUCGAGUUGGAACGCGUUUUUGACCCACAAAAUCCUUUAUGGUCCGAGGCGUCGAACGACUCGUACAAUAAAUGGAUAUCUACAAUAACUUCGGAGGUCGCCAGGUGCCUCGACAACUUCUACAGCAAAAGCCUGAUUCCAGUUUUUCAAUUGAGUGUGCAGUUCUGUGAGCUAACUCUGCAACGACUAGUCAGUCUUCUUAUUGACGUUAAUUCAAGUUUGGCUAAACGUAUAUGUCACUGUGUUAAUCGCUUUUUCGAACAUCAUUUCAAAGACGAUAGAAUCGAUGAUCAAACAUUAAGCCCUUCUACGCCGCCUCAGAUGUUGCAAGGAUGUAAGGCACGUGAUGCAAUACGCUGCAUGCUCAUCGUCGUAAACCAUCUGCGUAUCCAGACAAGGGAGCAAGUUACGCUGGAUUUUGAUUAUCUGUCGAUAGCCAUGGCAGCGCAAUUUUGUUCGGCAUAUUUCUCUUCCGUGUUAUACACUGAACUCUGGUGUCGUUCAACCCUCAAACUUGCUCGGGAUUUCGACAGUAUACCUAUCAUAGAUCAAAUUUACGAGCAGGAAAACAGGCAAGGAAGAAUUGCUCAGGAUAUACUUAAAGAAGCCUAUAUGAAGAUAGGCGACUCUGACUCUAUACACGGUUGUGGCUCCUCGCAUUUACAAAAUCAUGGAUCCAGAAUACCCUACUACACCAACUUCCAGAAACUUGACAAAUUAAUAUUAUCGCAUGAUGUUGAACUAAGCAUCAAUAGUUCAUCUGCUAGAGGUAUGGUUACUGCCUUGAGGGAAUCGAGUCUUCACCACUUGGCGAAACGUUUAUUGCUGAGCUUAACUUCAAUGCAAGUAGAUCCAAUGGAUGAUUUAUGUUACGACUCUUUAUGGAGACUAAGUGAUUGGAGUCAAAUCAUGAGUUUCAAAGCGUCCCAAUCUUCUAGUAAAGAAGACGAUUUUUCGAAAUCUCAUUAUGAAGCUCUGCAGUGUUUGCACGAAAAUGACAAUAGUUCUCUACAAAAAAAUCUCGAGCAAGCUUAUUUUUGUGUAAUAAAAGAUCUUUGUAAUAUAAGUUUAGAGAGCUGCAGAGCCGUGUAUCCAAAGUUAUCUCAACUACAAAUGCUCCGCGAAAUUGAAGAAUUGAGUUCAUCACAUACCGACGAUUAUGAGAUAUUGCUUGCAAAUUGGAAAAAACAACAGUAUAUUUACAAUAGCAAUUUUCAAUACAUCGAACCGAUUCUUUCGCAAAGGGCUGUAAUGUUUAAGAUUCGGGAGCCCAUUAAAAGUAGUCCGAUCAUCAAGGGUGCCUUGAUCGAUGUUCACUUAGAAACAGCACGGUUAGCACAACAGCAAGGCCACCUUAACGUAGCUGCACGCUCAUUAGAGACUUUGUCAAAAGUAGAUUUGAACAAUGAAUCCGGAAACCGUUUACUCUACCAUGAAGCACUCUUAGCUUGGACAAGAAAAGACGAGGACAUGGCACGUUUUAACCUACGAACCCUUAUCAAAAAAGACUCGAUAAAGCCAAACUUAUUAGCACGAGCUUUGCGGAUAUACGGCAAUUGGAUCGCUGAAAAUAAAUCGGAAAAUCCUCAGGCAAUCAUUAAUAAAUAUUACAAAAAGGCAAUCGAUACUUACAAGUCAAUACCAACGAAACUGAUUCAAGAUGAAUUAAGAGACAAUUGUAAGGCUCGCGCCGCUCUCGCUCAAUUUGCGCAUGAACAGUACCUAGUCAUUACCGAAUACAUGAAAUCUCCGCAAUUUGAAAGUUUAAUGGAGUGUUUAGAUUACUCUCGUAAUGCUGUUCUCCAAAAAGCUCCCAACAAAAACGAUAGAGAUGUUGAACGCGCGGUUCAAAUUAACACAAGACAAUCAUCAAACGAUUCGAUAGAAAUUGGAAACAUACAGAAAGAUAAAGCUAUGUACCUGGCCAUUGCUGUAGAAAAUUACUUGUCAACAUUACAAGACAGUGAUGAGCAUGACUUUUUGGUGUUUCGGCUAGUUUCUUUAUGGUUGGAUAAUACUCAUGAUGCACAAGUUAACAAACGACUUGAGAAUAAACUGGCCUUGAUCCCAUCUUAUAAAUUCAUUCCGUUAAUACCACAACUAGCACCACACAUGAAUGAUAAUGACCAAGUGUUUUCCCUAAAAAUUAGUCAGCUACUUGAACGCUGUGCUCGUGACCAUCCUCAUCACACUUUACCAGUUUUACUUGCCCUCAAGAAUCUCUACAACGAUUCUAAGUAUUGCGGUAAAAAAACUGUUAAUGAAGAACCUCGAGUACUUGGCGCGCAGCAUCUCAUUCAGAAACUCCUCUCUACCGACAUCAGGCCUAUUAUCCAAGAAAUGGAGAGACUAUCUGAUGCUCUUGUUAUGCUGGCCUAUUACGAAUCAGAGAAAAAGGCUGUGUCAAAAUGUAUCAUUCCCAGAAAUCAAGCUUUAAAUAAUAUCAAAGAUUUUCAACAUUCUAUUAUUCCCAGUAUUACUAUAAGUAUUAAAAAAAAUGGAAAGUACAAUAAUAUAGUUAGCGUUAGAAAAUACGAAUCUAGUUUUGGUAAUGUCGGUGGAAUAAAUGCCCCUAAAAAAAUUAUUUGCACUGGAACUGAUGGAAUAGCAAGACCGCAAUUGGUUAAGGGCAAAGACGAUUUACGUCAAGAUGCUGUUAUGCAACAAGUUUUUACUGUUAUGAAUUCUCUAUUGCGGACAAAGAAAGAUGCCAAGCAGCGCAAACUCUACGUUCGAACUUACAAAGUUGUGCCGCUGACUCAAAGAUCCGGUGUAUUAGAGUGGUGCGAAAACACGUUACCUCUAAGUGUUAUUCUCACUGGUGAUGGAUCUCCCAAGGCAGGACUUCAUCAAAAAUAUUAUCCCAGCGACUACACACCGAAUGAAUGCAGAAAAAGAUUAUGUAAUGCUAAAACGGCUCAACAAAAGUAUAGUACUUUUAUGGAUUGUUGCAAAAACUUGCACCCAGCAUUCCAUCACUUUUUUACUGAAAAUUAUCUAUCGCCAGAAACAUGGUUCGAACGCCGUUUAGCGUAUACGCGAAGCGUGGCAACAACUUCUAUUAUUGGAUAUAUUCUUGGAUUAGGUGAUCGACAUGUCUCCAAUAUUUUAGUUGAUAAAUCAACAGCAGAAGUGAUUCACAUAGACUUUGGAAUUGCUUUUGAACAAGGCAAAGUUCUACCAACUCCAGAAACGGUGCCGUUUAGACUAACCAGAGACAUGGAAGUAGCAAUGGGUGUUUCAGGAGUAGAGGGGACUAUGAGGCGGUGCUGCGAGGAAACUAUGACUGUAUUGCGAGAACAGAGAGAAAUUAUUGUCACAUUGUUAAGAGUAUUGUUAUAUGAUCCCCUUUAUUCCUGGGCAAUCACUCCAGCGAAAGCUGCCACUUACCAGAGUGAGCACUCUAGCCGAUCUAGUGAGAACAAAGAUAGUAAUAGUUCAGUAGGCACCACGGAAACGAAUAAACUAGCUGAAAGGGCUCUCUUAAGAGUGCAACAAAAACUCCAAGGAAUUGAAGAAGGAGUUACCUCAAGCAUUGCAGGGCAAGUGGAGAGGCUCAUCCAACAAGCACGAGAUCCGACAAAUUUGUGCAAACUCUUUCAAGGCUGGCAAGCCUAUUUAUAAAAAAUACUUGUAAUAUUUAUCAACUAUAAUUUAAAAAAAUGUCAUUUGUUCUUUUUUAUAUACUCGUAUACCGUAUAUUAUAAAUGUCUAAUUUAAAUAAAAUGUUUUUCUAUGUACACAUGAGCAGCAUUGAUACAUACGUUAUCUUAAACGAUAUUCUUAUGUCAUAUAGUUCAUUCAUAUUUGUUGUGGCUCAAUAUACAUUUGUGUCUGGCUCGAGUGCAACGCAUCGUUUGCUCCAAGCAACGUAAUUUAUUAUUUUUCAUUAAUUUAUUAUUUUUAUUAAUUAAGAUGUUGAUAAAGGUUUUAAUAAAUAUCCGUUUCUAUAGAAAAUAAAAAAAAAUUAAGACAUUUUUUUGUUAAUAUUUAUAAAUAUAAUUUGUUUCAUAACUACAGUGUAUGAUACAUAAACAUGUUUGACCGUCAAUGUUGAAGAAGAAUUUGUAAUACAGUUUUUCGAAUUAUAUUAAGCGUAUUCUGUAAUUUAAAUUGUAAAAGUGACUCAAUUUCAUAUUGAAUGCAAAAGAAAUAAUCAAAUAUUCUUUUAUUCUGCCUUAUUUAUCGAUGACGCAUUUGCAAAUGUUGAGGAGAAUAAAAUCUAAAAUUGAUUAAUCAAAAAGAGCAUGCGUAUAAAAGACCUGUUCAGAAAACACAAUGAUUGUUUUUCUCUUAAAUAUUGAAUCAAUAUUUAAUAUUAAAUCAUGCAGAUAUACAUUUAAAUUACGAUUUCGUACAAGUUAAAAGAUAUCAACUUUUGAAUAAUGUCUGAACUUGAAUUAUUGCGUAUUAUUAUAACAAAAAAGCAAUAAAUACACAUUAAACCUAUGUUAACAAUUAAAA